GUCGAUCCUAACUUUUGGCUGCAAAAACAGGUGACGUUGAGAUAAAAUAAUGUAAAAUAAAAUUACUAUUUAUUUUACUGUGUAACUUCAUCUAAUUUCCGCCGUAUGCGGUGUAAUUUGAGUAAUUUCAGUGCAUUGGACGUCCUGCUCGCUGGAAUUGUUUAUGAUUUCCCCACAGCCACAAUUUAUUUCCCGUUAUCAUCUUGCAGUAACUGACAAGCCAUUUCCACUUGAUACGGGGUUAUAAUGGCGUCGACAGACCGAUAAAGGCGAGUGCCAUGAGCGGAUAUAGUUAUCAGGCGGAGAACGGGAUGGCCAACAAGAAGAAGGAGGCCGUCAGCCGGAAGAAGUCCACUGGACAGCUGGCGCAAGUGUCCCUGGUGCUGCCGCUGCGCGAUAACGUCACUUCCCUGUCCAAGGCAUUGGCUGUGUUCGAGAAAUUCGCCUUGAAAAUCAACCACAUUGAAUCGCGUCGGUCGAAAAAUCGCCCAGGCGCGUUUGAUUUCUUGGCGGAGAUUUCUCGUCCUCACGAAGAGGAGUUGCAGCAGGCCAUCGCCGAGCUGAACGAGAUCACUGUGGGUCCCGUGGAGCAGCACGCCGAGAGCUUCGUGGAGAAGGGCUACGACAAGACGGUGGUGAGUGAGGAUGUGGACGAGAGCAAGCGUUAUCUGCCGGGAUUCCCGGGGGUGCCCUGGUUCCCGCAGACCCUGCAGGAACUCAUCAGUCAUCUGGGCAAGACGCUGCAGUGCGGUGCGGAACUGGAUGCUGACCAUCCGGGUUUCAAGGACAAAACGUAUCGCGAGCGACGGAAAAGUUUUGCCGAUUUGUCCAUAAGCUAUACAAUGGACAAACCGAUACCGAAGGUAGAAUACACGAAGGAAGAGACGGAAACCUGGGGAAAAGUGUACCGGGAGCUGACACGAAUUUACCCGACCCACGCUUGUUCCACGUACAACGAAAUGUUCAAGCUGCUGGAGAAGGAGUGUGGAUACAGCGACAAAGCCAUUCCACAAUUCGAAAAAGUCUCCAAAUUUCUGCUGUCACGCACCGGUUUCCGGCUGCGCCCGAUAUCCGGUCUGGUGGACUGGCGGGAUUACUUGGCCGGUCUGGCCUUCCGCGUCUUCCACGGCACACAGUACAUCCGCCACGCCGACUCGCCCAGCUACAGCCCGGAACCGGAUGUCUGCCAUGAACUGCUGGGUCACGUGCCGCUCUUCUGCGACCCGGUCUUCGCGCAGUUCUCCCAGGAGCUGGGCCUGGCGUCCUUGGGCGCGCCGGAUGAGUGGAUUGAGAAGCUGGGCGCGCUGUACUGGUACACCGUGGAGUUUGGUGUGUGCCGGGAGAAGAGCGGGAACCGGGCGUACGGUGGGGCGCUGCUGUCGUCUUUCGGCGAGCUCGAGCACUGUUUGAGCGAGAAAGCCAUCACCAUGCCGCUGGACACGGAGAAGGUGGCGGCCACGCCCUAUCCCAUCACCCGCUACCAGGAUGUGUACUUCGUGGCGGAGAGCUUCCAUGCCAUGCGUGACCAGCUGGCCGCCUGGAUGACGCAGAUCCCGCGUCCUUUCGCCCUGCGCUACAACGCCUACACGGACCGCGUGGAGCUGCUGCACGAGCGCCGCCAUCUCGACGCGCUGGCGCGCGAUAUCCAGACGGAAGUGCGCAUUCUGAUGGACGCCAUUAAUAAGCUGUAAAUCCGCCGGAUGAUCCCUGCCAGCGCUAUGGUGUGGGGGUGUUGCUGUUAGUGUUAUAUGAGUAAUCGGCCAUUGAUGAACUCGGAACAAUUAAUGUAUACCGUUGUUUGUUGAACGAUUUCCGACUGUUACGUGUUUUUCGUUAGUCAUUCUGGUUGUAAUCAUUGAUGGGCCUGUCAACCGAUAAUUUGUGGUAAUUUAUGCGUAGCUCACAUCGUAUGUUUUUAGCGCUGAAGGGGAAAAGAAGAGAAAAAACGUAUUUUAUCGAUUGA